GCAGAAGUUAAAUCUGUUUUGUCCCUUGUAAACGAAAGAAGAUCCAAAGAUGAGUGAAGAAACAUAUGAAGAAACUCAGGAAACAAGCCAAUCUCCUCGCCCUGUUCCAAAACUCAAUGAGAGGAUUCUAUCAACUCUAUCCAGGAGAUCUGUUGCUGCACAUCCAUGGCACGACCUUGAGAUCGGUCCUGAAGCUCCAUUGGUCUUCAAUGUGGUUGUUGAGAUCACAAAGGGAAGCAAGGUGAAAUAUGAGCUCGACAAAAAGACUGGUCUUAUCAAGGUUGACCGGAUCUUGUACUCAUCGGUUGUUUAUCCUCACAACUACGGAUUCAUCCCAAGGACAUUGUGUGAAGACAACGAUCCUCUUGAUGUUCUUGUCCUAAUGCAGGAACCAGUGCUUCCAGGAUGUUUCCUGCGUGCUAGAGCCAUUGGGUUAAUGCCCAUGAUUGAUCAGGGAGAGAAAGACGACAAGAUCAUCGCCGUUUGUGCUGAUGAUCCUGAGUACAAACAUUUCACUGACAUCAAACAACUCGCUCCUCAUCGCCUCUCAGAGAUCCGUCGUUUCUUCGAAGACUAUAAAAAGAACGAGAACAAGAAGGUGGCUGUGAAUGAUUUCUUGCCAUCGGAGAGCGCACAUGAGGCAAUCCAGUACUCCAUGGAUCUUUACGCUGAGUAUAUUCUCCAUACAUUAAGGAGAUGAAGAACACGACACGUUGAUUUCCCAUACGCGACAGAGUUGCUUCUUCGCACCAUCCGCAUAUAUAAAUAUAUUUCUUGGAAU